AUGGAAUAUUGGUUUCCUUGGUGGUUUGUAUCAGUGAACACCAGGAUACAUUUCCAAUACAUGCCAAAUGCGGGGCCCCAAUUCCAGCUGUCGACAACGCGGAGAGUACCAGACACAGCACAGUCAGUCAAUUUUGCCACGCAGGGGAAUAUUGAAGGGUUGAAAUACCUUUUCAGUCAAGGAAUCUCAUCUCCAAGGGAUGUGAGUGACUCUCGAGGGUUCAGUUUGAUUAGGUGGGCACUCUAUGGUGGGAUGCAUCAAUACGAAACCGUCAAAUUCUUGAUUGAUCAAGGUGCCCUUGUGGAUGAAAUUUCGUAUAACAAUGUUUGGGACUUUGUUUUCCGUGGUAAAUGCAAUUAUAAGGAAGAAAGAGCGCUACGUUGUAUCACCGAAAAUGGUGAAGGCAAUUGGGUCGAAGACCAAAACUUCCCCCUCGUCCACCUGAUAAUCUUCGGAUUGAGCUCUAAAUCUUUAGCAGCUGAACUCAAAGAGAAUCAAAACGCAGUAUAUGCUACGGAUACCCAAGGACGAACCGCGCUCGACUGGGCUACCGCCAGGGCACAAUUGGAAGAUAUGAGACUUCUUAUCUCUUAUGGCGCCGAUCCCAACAUAAUGGAUAUUACAGGAAGAAUGACGGUUCUUCACGCUGUUGACAGUCAUAGCGUGCCUUGCAUUCGGCUUAUACUGGAAGCAGGCGGCAAUCCAAAUCCCAUAUUACCAACAGGUCUUUUCCGUAGCAGUCCUUUGACAGCGGCGGGCUUUGCGGGAAUACCGGAGAUGCUCAAACUUCUUCUUGAAUUCGGUGCCAAUCCGAACGCUUGCAAUCCAGAGGGCCUUACAGCUUUACAUUCGGUUGCUCGUACUCAAAAUGUUGACUGCGCCCUUGUGUUACUUGAAUAUGGUGCGGAUCUCAACGCAGUUUCCAGCGGUGGCAUUACACCGCUAACUACUACAAUCAUUCACAACAACCAUCAAGUUCUGCAACUAUUCAUUAAUCAGUGGCAUAUUUGCUGCCCUGCUUCAUACUAUGAAGAACAUGCUGAUAUCGAAACUAUCCUUAUUCUCGCCUCCUCUCGUCCCCUGAAGCGUUACUACGAUUUGAAAAUGGACAGUACCUCAGAAAACCGCUAUAUACUACAACACCGUAGUGACUACAACGAGAAGCUGGAGGAAGCUUUCGAAGACCUGAUAACUAUCGCCCAAGCUGACGAAGCCGAAACUGAAUCCAUUGAUACGCUUAUGGAGUCAGGCAUUUUCUUUUCUGCAAGGUCUUCAUUUCAUUCAGAACUAGCAGACGCCGUGUUUGAACUGAAUUCAGCUGCUGUUAGCCCUACGGAUGACUUGCGCGAUGAGAAGUUGGAUGUAUUAGAAGAGAUGGCAGAAUAA